CUCCAAACGGACAUGAUAAAAGCACACUGCUUCUUGCGCUGGCCUACUUUACUUCAUAAAGAGGAGAUACUGUCAGCACGUCCAUCAGCCCCGCAACUACAAGAAAUGCAAUAUAACAGGGACCCAGACACUGUUGUGACCAUCGUCAACCCUGUGGAGCAUCCCAGAGACUAUGUGGUAUGGUCCAUCUGCAGCUUCUUCACGCAAACCACUUUUGCCUCGGACUGUUGGCGCUGAUCUUCUCAUUCAAGGCGGAGCUCCAAACUACUUCCCCAACAGCUUCAGUGCCCCUGACUGCCAGCCUUGCUUCCUGGAGUCAAAGUUGAAGGUGUCCCCAGACGUAACACGCUACAACAGCGCCAACGAUGACAAUUACACGCAGGCGGGGACCUUCUACAGCGAGGUUCUGAGUGAGGAGGAGCGACGGAGACUUUGUCAGAACCUGGCCGGAGCCCUCAAGGGAGCCCAGGUCUUCAUCCAGGAACGCAUGGUACAGCACCUGAUGGCUAUCCAUCCCGACUACGGAAAGCAGGUCCAGAGCCUGCUCACCAAGCACAAUGCCGAGGCUCAGAAGAACUCCAAUGUGCACGUCUACACCCGUCCUACAGCCAUUAACGCCUCCGCAAAAAUGUGAGGUCAUAUAUCUUGACCAGGUAGCAGGCCCAAGAUGGCUUCCGCAGUAACUGAUUUCCACCAGUUUAAAAAAAUAUAU